AUGGUUGGUUAUGGUGAAUUAGCAAUGGGAGAUAAUAUGGGCUGUGAUAGCCCAGGUCUCUGGGACAAGAUCAGGUUUGCUAAAAAGCACCUCUUCACCAACGAGUACUCUUCUCAGAGAUACAGGUCUACACCAAAAAACCAAGCCAUUAAGACUGCCAAUGUUAUCAACCAAGCCUUUCAAGACAAUCCCCCUCACUACAACUCAGAUGAAGCCCGGGUAGAUGCAGAGACAAACGGAAUGCCCGCACCUGAGAAAGAGUCAUGUUUGUCACAGCCUAAGAAAGCAGGUGUCGAGAAUCUGAAGCUCGCCACUGGGAAUAUUGAGAGGUCGGCCGCGGGGAUAAAUAAACCCCCUCAAACCCCCUUCAGCAAUCACCUGGACCACCCCAACAAGACUCGCGCUCCUUCCUCAUCUUCUUCACCUCAUCCCCGCGGCACUCCACUGAAGUCUGGCCCCCCUCCCUGUAUUCCUCUAACAAGUGAAGAAAUCACAUUGAGAGCAUGCAACGUUGGGGCUCAGAAAGGUGAUAAAAAUCAACCAAAGGCCCAAAAACCAAUUCCACAAGCCCGCCUCCCUCCAACGACACACGGCUCUUCUCAUCCUGCAGAGAGCAUCCGCAAGUCUUCGACUUCGACCUCGACUUCGGCGCUGCGCAAACCAUCGAAUUUGAGAACUGUCACUUUACCUGAAGAUUCACAGGAUACGGCCAUGAAAAUGACACAAAGCGACGGAUCAGAUGAGGUUGUGAUUCCCAAUCGCGACAGGCGUAGGGCCAAUAACACACAAACUCGAGGCACCUGGAGGUCUAAUGGCGCCGAAAACUCUUGCUGGGCUCGGCGUCCCAAUCCAGAGCCGCUUCGAGAGAUCGUAAACCAAAAGGGCUCCCAUGCCACGAAUGAUAGACAAAACUCGGAGGUUCCAGUAACACCUACCAGCAACUUGCACAAAGGUGUCAGUCUCGCUAACGACAACUGGACUGACCAGCCCACGCCCACACCCACACCCACACCUAGCACGCAGAAGGAAAACCGUCGUACUAAUCAGCAUGAGGAGGAGGCGAAUGAGCUGGCGCGACUGCGAAAGGAGAUAGUGGUUAAUGCCCACAGACGCACUAAUGAUUCCUCGGCUCGCGCAGAAAUGCUUUCUAGGUGCAGGGAUGGCCCUGGGACGGAGCUUCACUCGGAAGAGUAUAGAGCGAUAACGGAUAUCCGCACGGUUCCUCAGGAAGGCAUACCCGAUUCUAGUUACUUUCCUGGACAUUCGCAAAUGCUUUCCACAGAAACACCAGAAGAUGCGGACCCAGAAGAUCUCAAACGCGACAUGGAAUCUCGAUUGAAGCUGUGCCAGGAAUUGUACAAAAAGAGUACCAAAGCCUAUCCGAUUGUCCCAGAUGACAUGGAUGAAAAGAUCAUGCUUUCUCCCAUGCCAACCGCGAAGCAAAAAGACAUUCUAAUUAAGCUCCAGAACCCCCGUCGCGAGUUUGCGCCUCAGCCUACCCAUCUGAUCACAGGGGAAAAAGCAGUUGAGACACGUUGGAAUGACCCUGUAAUUCUAAAUUGGGAGUACAAGCCGCCUGCUAUUCAUGAUCCGAAACCCUACCAUGAGCGGUUCCAAAACUGGCUAGAGGAUACCAUCGAGUGCGCAAGUACUGUGGAUAUCUUCCACCAAGCUUUCUUCAACGGCACGGCACAUGCUGAUGGCCAAAUCUCCAUGUUUCUGUUAGACAUGCGCAACCAUAGGGUUCAUCUGGAUCCCGAUGAUAGUGAAUCAUGGAGUCAUGCGCACGAAUCUGCCGCCGGAUAUUGCUGUAAUGUUAUCUUGCAGAACAAAAAAGCACACGAGGAACAGGAGGACCGGAAGCAGGAGGAACGCAAGCGUCAAUUUGAGGCUCAACAACUCCAGCCUCCGCGCACUCCAACCAGUCCGGUGGUAAAUAUUUACCUUCGACCUGUUGAACCCAAAGACAUUCCUCAACUUAGAGAGAUCUACAACUGGUAUGGUUCCUAUUCGAUUAAUAGCCCGAAUACCGAGGAUCUUGAUGAGGACGAGGUCCGCCAACGCGCUGAAGAUACCCGCAACGCCAACCUGCCUUUUAUCGUCGCCAUUGAUCGCCGUAGCGCAUCCACCGAUACCGAGAAGGUUCUUGGAUAUGCACUCGCACGAGAGUUUGACCGUCAUCACCUCGCAAACCAAUUUACAGCAGAAUUGGAGGUGUAUGUCAAGGAUGGCCACAAGAGACUAGGAAUUGGUAGAUGCCUUCUAGACAAGCUGCUGGAAGUUUGUGAUCCUACUUACGUGCCGAAGCCUGGGUACCGUUUUGAGGCGAAGCGUGAGGAUCGUUCCGGUUACUAUGGCGGUGGCAGACGCAAAUUGGCUCGGUUAGUUUUCACUCUUUGCUACGUGGACAAGAGAGAAAUCACCGAUCACAAUAAUGUGAAAAGAUGGCUCAAGGAAUAUGCUGGGUUUGAAGAGCAGGGUUUGCUCCGGGGUAUCCGAGUCAAGAAUGGCUAUUUGGUUAAUGUUGCCUACCUCGUACGCACUAUCGGGGAACUUAACGCAAUAAGAUUGGACCCAUAG